UUUCAGAGCUGUUGCGCAGCCAUUGGUACCUGUAUUGGGGAAACAUAGCGUACAAGCAAGAAGCUUACAGCCUCAGUGGCGAAAACUUUUUCAUGUCAGAGACCGAGAACUCUUGCAGUCGUUUAUGUCAUCCCUUCUUCUCCAGACAGAAGAUACCAAAAAGUUGCAAUCAAAGAUCUCUUCAUCUUAUUGAUAAGGCCACUAAUAAGCCAAAAUGUCUGUCAACGUCAACCGCAGCGUGUCAGACCAGUUCUAUCGCUACAAGAUGCCCCGUCUGAUUGCCAAGGUUGAGGGCAAGGGAAAUGGAAUCAAGACAGUUAUAGUCAACAUGGUUGACGUUGCAAAGGCGCUUAAUCGGCCUCCAACGUAUCCCACCAAAUAUUUUGGUUGUGAGCUGGGAGCACAGACCCAGUUUGAUGUUAAGAAUGACCGGUACAUUGUCAAUGGAUCUCAUGAGGCGAAUAAGCUGCAAGACAUGUUAGAUGGAUUCAUUAAAAAAUUUGUUCUCUGUCCUGAGUGUGAGAAUCCUGAAACAGAUUUGCAUGUCAAUCCAAAGAAGCAAACAAUAGGUAAUUCUUGUAAAGCCUGUGGCUAUCGAGGCAUGCUUGAUACACAUCAUAAACUCUGCACAUUCAUUCUCAAAAACCCACCUGAGAAUAGUGACAGUGGUACAGGAAAGAAAGAAAAGGAAAAGAAAAAUAGGAAGGGAAAAGACAAGGAAAAUGGCUCAGUGUCUAGCAGUGAGACUCCACCCCCACCACCACCAAAUGAAAUUAGUCCUCCUCCUCAUGCUGUGGAAGAAGAGGAGGAUGAUGAUUGGGGGGAGGAUACAACUGAGGAAGCUCAAAGGCGCAGAAUGGAUGAAAUCAGUGACCAUGCAAAAGUUCUGACUCUCAGUGAUGAUCUGGAAAGGACUGUUGAAGAACGGGUCAAUAUCCUCUUUGAUUUUGUUAAGAAAAAGAAAGAAGAAGGUAUUAUUGAUUCAUCUGACAAAGAAAUUGUUGCUGAGGCAGAACGACUGGAUGUAAAAGCCAUGGGCCCUCUUGUCUUGACUGAAGUUCUUUUUAAUGAGAAGAUUAGAGAACAAAUUAAGAAAUACAGGCGCCAUUUCCUACGAUUUUGUCACAACAACAAAAAAGCCCAACGGUACCUCCUUCAUGGUCUGGAGUGUGUGGUAGCAAUGCAUCAAGCCCAGCUCAUCUCCAAGAUCCCCCACAUCUUGAAGGAGAUGUAUGAUGCAGACCUUCUGGAGGAAGAGGUCAUCAUCAGCUGGUCGGAAAAGGCCUCUAAGAAAUAUGUUUCAAAAGAACUUGCCAAAGAGAUUCGUGUCAAAGCAGAACCAUUUAUAAAGUGGUUGAAGGAGGCAGAGGAAGAAUCUUCUGGUGGUGAAGAUGAUGAUGAAGAUGAGAAUAUUGAGGUGGUAUAUUCGAAGACUGCCAGUGUACCGAAAGUUGAAGCUGUGAAGUCUGACAACAAGGACGAUGACAUUGAUAUUGAUGCCAUUUAGAGGGGUGGGUGCAGCCCAGCUUAACAGUUUACUGCUGCGAAUUGUUCUGCAUCAUCAGCCAGAAGUGCAACAUGUAUGUGGAAAAGCUGAAAUGGCUUAACAUCAUGCUACACUUUCUACUAAAAUUGUAUUGCUGUGAGUGGUCUGUAAUUAAGCCCUGAGACAUCUAGGGAGUCCAUACACAUACCAGUGAGCAGAUGUAGUUUGCUUAUUUAUAGCAUGUUUGUUUUUGAAAAAUUAGUGGUGGACACAUUGGGAUCACAUUUAUACAGUUAUAAAAAUAAAGAUUUGAUUUUGGUCAUUCUUCAAAUUUUUGGCUCUGAAUGUAAGCUGAAUUAAUUGGCUACUUUUCAAAAUAUUGCACCAUCCUGUAACCUGAUAGGAUUCUCGGAGCCUCUUGAAUAUUGUUACUGCUGAGACUGAAGAGGUCUUCGGCAGAAUGUAAGCAUAAACCUAUUUGUAAUUAUUUUAUUCAGCCGUUAAGAAGUAUAGUACUUGUAAGUCUUGCUCUCGUCCCUUGAAUUGGCAUUUGGCUGACAUGUCCUCACCAUGCCAACGUGGACUGAUGAUAAAUUGACAGUGUAACUCCUUUAUCUUAUAAGAGGUAAAAAUGACCUGAGUGUCCUAUAAGUAAUUUUAAGAGCAGGUUUUGAAACUUGAAUUUCUUUUUCCAGUUUGUGUACACUUGCCCCAAAUCGCAGUCUUUGAAGUCAUGUGCAUUGCACGUUGGAUGAGCCAGGGGAACUACAUUAACGCGUAGGCGUUCUGUGUGUGCAGCUGUUGCUUUGUACUGAGAGAAACUCAGACUUCGGGGUGUGAUUAAAUAGUAAACUAUGAUUUUAUUGGGGGAUACAGGAAAGGGUGCACUUAUUCUAGCAAAAACAACAUAAUUUUUCCGCUCUUAGGUUUAAAGUACAACUUUAAAAUGUUUAGACAUACUGUAUAUUUCCUUGGGCUUCUUUAAUCAUUUCACAUUUGGACACAGCUUAUGCUUUUUAGGUUUGGGUUGCUACCUUGCUGAAAUAAGUGUUCAUGUCUCAGACUUGUUUUUUGUUGUUGAUUUCAAAAUGUCUUAUUUAAAAAACUAAAAUCAUACUUCAGAGUCAGAGCCUAUAUUUUGAUGUGACACUUGGGGGUUUUAAUUUCACAUUAAAUAGACCCAGUCACCCAAAAAAAGUCUGGAAGAGGCCACUGAGUGCAGGUGACAGUGCCCCCUCCAGCCCAUCUGGGUGCAGCUUUAGAUUGAGGAUAAUUUUACUCCGGGAUUCCUUGGUCACUUAGCUGGUCUAACUCAGGUAAUGCAGCUCUGGACUGUACCUGAGAAGGCGUCUUCGAGGAAGGGACUCUCGAGUGCCUUUUCCUUACCACAAAGGGGGUUGGGGUCCGGCCCAUGGUAAUUUAAUGUUGAGCAGGGUCACGUGGUUCACCUCAACUCUUGGUGACCCAGCUCGUAGCCGACAGUGAGACCUUCGCAGAUGUCUGUAACAAUUUUUUCACAUUGAAAUUAUAAAAGCAUUUGAUACACUAAACCUCGUUAGCUUGUUAUUUUGAGAGAAUUAAAGUUGAGCGUUGUAACUCGAGAACUAGGUUGGUCUCCAAGCUGCCUUUUGAUGGAUUUUGAUGAGAGUGAAAUGGGAGCCAUACAGCUAAAUGGAAUGUGCUUUGUCUCACCAAAGAGGUUUCUGCAAAAUUCACAUCUCACCUAGGUUUCAGAUUCUUUGUCAUGGCUAAUUUGCUUUUGUUAACUGCAAUUCUAUAGGAAAUACCGGUGACCCAAGCUAAGUUGCAUUCUGUAUACCCAGUGUCAAGCUAAUUCGGUUCAGUUAUAAAGCCUUUUUGUUUUUAAUCUGAAAGAAAGCCUGUAAAGGGCUUCUAAACACUAAAGAGAAAACUUUGGCCUAAAACCAGUGUUUUGUCUGGUGCCAAACUUGAAAUGAAAUUCAGAUCCAUGUAGGAAUUUUAUCCAGAGGCGGUCCCAAUAGAGAAGUCCUUCACCUUGCUCUAUUCGACUGUCUUAAAAAAAACUUUCCUGUUUCAGACAGCUACCUUACUUGAUUAAAAACAAUGUUAAAGUUAUAUUUUGUCUCUGAUUUAAUAAACUUAACCCAGAUCUCCAUUUUAAUACGA